AUGCUCAAGCAAUUCAAGUUCCAAUUCUCGGAACCCAACAACGAAUCUCGACCGACUCUGCACCAUCACACCGCAGCGUGGCGUCGACCCACAGCUGCAAACGGCCCCUCUUUGCCGUUGGCUCGGCUAGAGAGUGCGCUGCCUCCAUUUCCGCCUGUCAAGUCCGACGCUACUGCGAUCCCUGGACCGCAUCGCUUGGCCUCGCUUCCUCUGGGUCCACCUGCUCAAACCUCGCCCCGCUCGACUUUGCGCGCAAAGCUUCUUCGGCUGGACCGUCCGCCGCUACACAGCCGUGCCGCCUCGCCGCCGCCCAGCCAGCCCGGGACCAACACAGGGACCCCGGCCUUGCUCAUCUUUCACAGCCCUUCUGAUCUCGACAAGGAUCUCCCAACGCCUCGUCGACUUGCGCCUCUCAGCUAA